UAAUACUCAGCUAUAUUAAUUGUGCUAGUUGCAACGUGAAUUCAUCAUCCGCAACCGCCAGUACUUCAAAAUGCCCUCUGACAUCGCUCGUGCCCCAUUGAUGAAAAUCGAUCUUCCGUCUCCUGAGGAGUUCAGGAAGAGGAAAGUUGCGCUGGUCUCUGGAAUAACUGGUCAAGAUGGUUCAUAUUUGGCAGAGCUUCUGCUGGGGAAGGGAUAUGAAGUACAUGGUAUAAUCCGUCGCUCGUCCAGCUUCAACACUGGUCGUCUAGACUCUCUUUAUGCGGAUCAGCAUGAGCGACCCAACAAAUUCAAGCUGCACUACGGUGAUCUCUCCGAUAGCACCAACCUUGUCUACAUCCUCGCCCAGGUUCUCCCCACAGAGAUCUACAAUCUCGGUGCUCAAUCGCACGUCAAGGUGUCCUUCGAGAUGUCAGAAUAUACUGCCGAUGUCGAUGGCCUCGGCACCCUACGCCUCCUUGACGCCAUCCGCACUGUCGGCCUCGAAAAUCACACGCGGUUCUACCAGGCUUCAACCUCAGAACUCUAUGGAAAGGUCGUCGAGACCCCACAGAGUGAGACUACGCCGUUCUACCCUCGUAGCCCGUAUGGUGUCGCCAAGUUGUACGCAUACUGGAUUACGGUGAACUACCGUGAGGCGUACGGCAUGUAUGCGUGCAACGGUAUCCUUUUCAAUCACGAGAGCCCGAGGCGAGGGAGGACGUUCGUCACGAGGAAGAUCUCGAGGGCAGUUGCAGAUAUUAGUGUCGGCAAGCAGCAUUGCUUGUACCUCGGUAACAUUGAUGCGCAGAGAGAUUGGGGACAUGCCAAGGACUACGUCGAGGGCAUGUGGCGCAUGCUUCAACAGCCUACACCCGAUGAUUUUGUUCUUGCCACCGGAGAGACUCACCCUGUGCGAGAGUUCGUCGAGAAAGCCUUUGCGGUUGUCGGGGUUAAAAUAAUGUGGCGCAAUUCUGGUGUGGAAGAAGAGGGCUACGAUGCUCAGACCGGGCGGGUGGUAGUCAGAGUCGACCCACAGUACUUCCGUCCCGCAGAAGUCGAUCUUCUUCUUGGAAACCCUGCCAAAGCCGAGCGUGUUCUUGGAUGGAAGCGCAAGGUCGACUUCGAUUCCCUCGUGACAGAGAUGGUAAAGGCGGAUUUGAAGGCAACGAAGAGCCUCGUGGAAGAUCAGAACUGAUGAAAAUGACACGGCUAUAAAUUGCAGCUGUGCAACUAUGUACAAUUCGAGGACUUUCUUGUGGACUGAUAUCUUAGUAUCGUAGCAAUCAAAUUUGUGUUCGAGGUUUGAAAUGAAGAUCCU